GUUUCGUUCUGUUGUAUGUAGGGUCGCUAUGAGUCAAAAGCAACUCAGGGGCACCUGACAACAACAACAACAAUAUUUAAAUACCUACCAUGAGCUGGGAACCCUGGUGGCACAGUGGUUAAGAGCUCAGCUGUUAACCAAAAGGUCAGCAGCUUGAAUCCACCAGCUAUUCCUUGGAAACCUUAUGGGGCAGUUCUACUCUGUCCUAUAGGGUCACUAGGAGUUGGAACUGACUCAUUGGCAACGGGCUUUUGGUUUAACGUGAACUGAGACAUUUGUUUUCAUUCAGCAAGUAUUUCUUGCUUACCCACUCUGGGCUAGGCAUGAUUUUAAAGGAUACUGUAGUUAUCCAAAAAAGGAGCCCUGGUGGAGGAAUGGUUAAGCUCUUGUCUGCUAACCUAAAGGUUGAGGGUUCAAACCCACCCAGUAGCUCUUCAGGAGAAAGAUCUGAUGAUCUGCUUCCAUAAAGAUUACAGUCUAGGACACCCUGUGGGGCAGUUCUACUCUGUCCUACAGGACCUUGGCUCUUGCUGAGUAAGGUGGAAAGCCAGCAGACAUAUGGGGGCAGAGAGUAGCAUGCUUUAACAUAGGUUUUGAAAGGAUCACUCUGGCUAUGUGUGGAAUAGACUCUAGAAGGCAGCAGUAGAGGCAGGGAAGCCAGUCUGAAGGCUGUCACCUUAGCACAGUCAAAAGGUUAUGGCGACUCAGACUAUGGGAGUAGCAGUGGAGGUAAUUGGAAGUGGGAAUAUUCUGGAAAUAUUUCAGAGGUGGAGCUGACAUGACAUGCUGAGAAGACAUAGUCAUGAGAAACUCUGAGAUUUUUAGCCCAAGGAAACUGGAAGAAUGGAGUUGCCAUUUACUCAGAUGAGGAAGGAAGUGUUUGUUGAAAAACACUGAAUAUACCAUGGACUGCCAGGAGGACAGAACUGUAAUUCCUGUCUUGGAGGAAGUACAGCCAGAAUGCUCCUUAGAAGCAAGAAUGGGAAGACUUCAUCUCUCUGACUUUGGACAUGUUAUCGGGGGGACCAUUCCCUGGAGAAGGACAUCAUGCUUGGUUAAGUAUAAAGGGAAAAGGAGGAAGAUCUUCAGUGAGACUGAAACCGGACCAAUGGAUCCAUGCCUGGCGUGCAAGAAGCCAAGCUCUCAGAUGCUGGUUUUCAGAGGAUGAGAGUUUAUUUUGCAGGCUAGCAAGGGGGAACACAGAUGUAUUACCUCAGAUUGAGUUCCCCGAUCUGUAUGAGCAAUGUACAAUUUAUACUUAGACAUAUUCAUUUAGGGGUGGAGGGAAACAGUAGGCAGAAUCAGAGGUUUUACCUGUUCAUAGUUUCUACUGAUUGUUUAUGGGCGGGGGGCUAAGACUCUGCACGGAGGUGGCCGACAGACCAAAUGCUUUUGAAAUGGGCUUGACUAUUGUUGAUGACGCAUGUCCAGUGAUUCCGGUUCCUUGGCAUGAGUCUUUUGGUUCCCUGACAUAGGUUCUCUUGCGUUACUGAGCAUGCGCGGCAGCCCAGGGUCCUUUGUUGGUCAUUGAGGUCUGCUCUGCACGUGUCAGGCUACUCUGAGUCGGUGAGAUCUGGACCUUCCUGGGGCUCUCUGGAGGGUCUGAAAAACAACUUAGAAGAAGUGAGUGAUGUGGUGGGGAGGAGCGGCCUGAUACCUGGUGGAGUACUAAUCAAUUAGGUGUCUUCACCUCCAGAGUCCCCUAAUAAGAUGGAUUGACACAGUGGCUGAAACAGUGGGCUCAAACAUACCGACUACUGUGAGGAUGGCCCAGGACUAGGCACAGGGGUGACUACAAGUCGAAGCAUGACAACGUGUUUGAGAGGUGGAAAUCAACAUUCAAUUUUUAGACAUGUUAACUUUGAGAUGCCAUUAUGUUACUGGAAUAAGGUUCUUGCCUCUCACUGGUCAAGAAUGAGCAGGUAAGGCACGUAGUUUUCUACGUGAGCAAAGCUUUAUUGAAGAGGCUUGCGAGCAGAGAUGAGGAGGGCCUAGAGCAACGCAUACCCCUGUCUCACGGAACAAAAGACGGGCCUGAGUUUUUAAAAGUUCUUGGGCGGGAAAAGAUUCAUGUUUGUUCACAGGCACAGGUGGGGAUACUUUAACUAAGGUGCACGCACAGCAGCUUUCCAAGAUGGCUCCUGUCGUGGAGGCCUGUGGGUUCAUAGCAGGACUUAUUAUGGGGUGUCCCGCCUGCUCUCUGGGUUCGAUUCCCGUGCUGGGGCUGCAGCCCCUCACUGCCCCUGGUGGAAGGUCACACAGUGGUCACAGGUGGAUGUUCUGCGCAUGUCCCUGGGCCUGGUUUUCUCCAGCUGCUUCUGAAAGGCAACUUUAGAGAAGUUUGCGGGCUAUUUUUAGAUGCCCUGCCCCAUUGUUCUGGGGAACGGCUUUGUUUCUGUGCCCUGGCCCAUUUCUGUUACUUUACAGAUUUGGGGGCCCCUCUGUUCCCUGUCUUACUAAGUCUCUAGGUUCCACAUCCAACCCCCAUUACCUCCCUGAUAGUAUAGUCUAUUUCUCUUUUACUUGCCUCUCUAACCACAGCAGUCUCUGCUAUUCUUCAAACAGGCACCCUCCGAUCUCAGGGCCUUUGCUCCCUGUCUUAAGUGGACAUCCAAGGCAGUAUGGGGAGUAAAAGCAGUGGGUAAGGGAGUCUGUGUGUAAAGACAUGUAAAAAAAAAAAAAAAAAACCAAACCCAUUGCCAUCGAGUCAAUUCAGACUCAUAGCGACCUUAUAGGACAGAGUAGAACUGCCCCCAUAGAGUUUCCAAGGAGUGGCUGGUGGAUUCAAAUAGCCCUCCUCUUGGUUAGCAGCUGAGCUCUUAGGCCCUGCACCACCAGGGCUAUGUAAAAAUAAAAAACAUAAAGCCCCGGAGAACAAAGGCAAACUUCACCUGUCUUGGCCUUUCUGGAAGGGGGUCAGUGUUGUAAAGGUUAGAGUGUAGUGUGAUGGGUUCGAAACCCUAGCUGGACGUUCAGUCACUUGGGGAACUUAAAGCACCAGUACCCAGUCUCCACCCUUCCAGAGGGGAAUUUAAUGAUCUGAAGCCAUGCCCAGCCUUCAGGGCCUGUUUAAAGUUCCCCCAGGCGAGUCCAACUGGCUGCCAAGGUCAAAACACAGCUUUCUUUGAUGGUUUUCCAACCUGAGAGCCGCCCAAGGGUGCGUUUUGAAAAUGCAGACUGCCUCGGGUUGGCCCCUCUAGAGACCAGUGUGGUAAAUCCAGAGCAGGGUCCCCAAAAUCAGCAUUUAGUAACCACCCCACUUUGAAAGACACUGAACUAGAAGAAGGUCAUUGUAGAGGAAGAUGGUGUUUAAGCACACCCUCUAUUCUCCCACGUAGACUGCUCCUGUCGUGGUUCCACUCCAAAUCUGACGUUGGAUUUUGUUGUCCUCAUUGUUGUUUGUUUUGUGUUUGGGGUCACAGGAAGUGAGUGGCUACAGUUUACACAGGCCACUAACUUGGAGUAGUUUCCUGCCAGAUGUUUCCUUCCCUGUCACCAUCUCCUCUCCACCAGGCGCUGCUUUUAACAGCAAACUCUUACCCUGACAUUGUGUGUAACUUCCCGUUCCUAGAAUUUAAGCCACCUGCCACGAACUUCUGGAGCCUUGUAGCACCGUGGUUGUUAGGACCCUGGCUGAUAACCAUAAGGCUGGCAAUUCAAAGCCACCAGCCACUCCAUGGAAACCCUAUGGGGCAGUUCUGCUCUGUCCUAUUAGGUCGUUAUGAGUCGGAACCACUGGACUGCAAAGGGGUUUUUAUUGUUUGUUUGGUUUGUUUUGUUUUUUGUGGUUUUGGUAAUCUUUACAGAAACGAUGGCCAGGUCUGUCUCCCGCAGAGCGCAGAACUUUGGUUAGCAGCUGAGCGUUUAACUGUUGGGCCACCAGCCUCCUUAACAAAAUGAGUAGGGCUUGUAAAACAUAUGUUUUCAGAAUUCCCUCUCCUUCCCCAAAUAAAGAGGAAGCAAGAGAAGGUUUUGCUCUUCUUACUGCCCCAGAAAUGGGGAAGAGGACACAGAGGAUGGGCUGGAUGAGGACCAAGCAGAGGGUAGAGAAAGUUCACCUGGAGUUUAGGCUUCUGGAGCAGCCCCCGGCGCCCCCUUGUGCUAGUUUGCUCUUCUUCCCCAGCUGCAGCCGAGGUUCCUUCAGCCUGCAACCUGCCAGGAGCCCGCCAGCCAGCAAGCGCCUUCCUCUCCUGCCUUCCCCGGGCUGGCCGGGGCCUUCUCCGGGUGACUGAAGCCCGGCCCAUCCGCCCGGUGGCUGGUGCUGCCCUAGGGGAAGCGCAGUGAGAGCUGCGCAGACUUGCCUACCUGCGGGCUCACCUGCCUGCACGCCCCCACCCGGGUGUGGGCCUUCCUGUUCAUACAGAGGAGAAUGGCCUUCCACCGCGCUCAGCUGUUCGGAUGCAGCCAGAGCCUUGCCAGGAAAGUUGGGGGACCCGUGUUCUGCCUCCAGUCAGGCUGUUUGUGCUCAAAGACAUUAGGCUAGCCCAAACAUAAAUCCCUUGUCGCGGGGUCUGCUCCGACUCAGGGCGGCCCCGGGUGUUAUAGAGUAGAAGUUCUCCACAGUUUUCUUGGCUGCGAUCGUUAUAGAAACAGAUCACCAGGACCUUCUUCCACGGCACUGCUGGAUGAGUUCAGCCGUUAAGAGUACAAACCAUUUUUGACAUCCAGGGUCUUCAGGCCAAACACAAGGUGUUGUCAUAGCUCAGGGCCUGAUGGAUUACCCAAUAAGCAAGGUACUGCAAAGAAGAAAUCGUGUGCUACAGAUCAGUAAGCCAAGUAAACCCAUGGGUACCUUGCUUACUGGUUAACCCCCCUCUGGCCCUGGUAUAAGCCAUGGGGGACACAGGACCAAGCGUGCUGUCCACUCUGUGGUCGCCGAUGAGCACUGGGUAUCCAGUAUCCUGGUGCUGUUUGUUUCCUUGUUUUGCCCAGGGCUUCCACCCCUUCCGGCUUCCACCCGCUUCCUUCUGGAUCAACCUCCUGCUGAGAACUUGCACGUCUAACAAGUUCCCAGGCUAUGCUAAUGCUGCUGGUUAGGCACCAAUUCUGAGAACCACUGGUUCUCCAACUUUAUUAUAUAUAAGAAUCACCUGGGGAUCUUGUUAAACUGUAGGUUCUGAUUCAGUAUAUCUGGGGUGAAAACACAAAUUCUCAGCAGGGAUUUGAACCAGAAUGAACCAUUUCAAAGCCCUGAUUUUGCCUUCCACCUUCAUCCACCCCUGCUCUCUCCACCUGACCAGAUUGGUUCAGGUUCAACCCCGGCUUCUCCAUGUAGUUCAAAUCCUAAGAGGAGCUGCCACUUAUUACCCUAAUUGAAAAAGAUUUACCUACCUUCAGAGCUCUAAUCGUCACCUGAUUGCUAAUUGCUUUUCCCUAGCUUUGGGAUUCAGGGUCCUGAAUCCCUUUUUUCAGAACAGUUUUUCAUUGCCCACUUCUUAUUCACUGUAAAAAUGGUGUCGUGUCAGAGGCCAUCUGACUUCACAAGGGGAGAGAAUAAUCACCAUCAGCCCAAAGCUGAUUACUGUGAGAAGGAGGUCUCCCCACUCUGCAACCUUUUACCAGCCUGACACCAGCCAAAUCUCCCAUUGCGAGAGAAAAUACAUUUCAGAGACUUAAAGUAUAAAGUUUAAAGAUUAUCUCAGGGCAAUAAUUUUCAGGGUUCAUCCAGCCUCAAUGGCUCUAGAAAGUCUGGAUUCCAUCAGUUUGAUAUUCUGUUCUUUAUUUUUUCUCUUUUUUAUCAGAAUUUUUCUACAGAAUCUUUGAUCAAAAUGUUCAGUGAUGGUAGCCAGGCACCAUCCAGUUCUUCUGGUAUCGUGGUAAAGGAGGCAGUUGUUCAUGGAGGCAAUUAGCCACACAUUCAAUUUCCUCUUCCAAUUUCACAGUCUUCUUUGAAUCAAAAAAUAGUUUACCUUAAUUAGUGAAGAAUGUCUGCUUUGAGCAUUGUGCUCUUCUAAAGAGAUCAAAUUGACAAGGGCAACUCGAAAGGUUAGAUGAGAAGCUUAGGGGCAGUGAAUUUCAGAUAAUGGUGGUGGGAUAAUUUGGAAAAGGAGAGUGAAAAUCGUAGCACAACUUGAAGAAUGUUCACAAUGUCACUGAAUUGUACAUGUAAGAACUGUUGAAAUGGUGUAUCUUUGGCUGUGUAUACUUUCACCAAAAUGAGAAAUAUAUAUAUACCAAAAAAACCAAACCCAGUGCUGUCAAGUCGAUUCCGACUCAUAGCGGCCCUAUAGGACAGAGUAGAACUUCCCCAUAGAGUUUCCAAGGAGCACCUGGCAGAUUCGAACUGCCAGCCUCUUGGUUAGCAGCCAUAGCAUUUAACCACUACACCACCAGAGUUUCCAAACAUAUAUAUACGUAUAUACAUUUCAGAGGGUUGUGCGACAUGCCAGUGGUUCUCUUUAGUCUGCUCCUACUGAGACAAAAAAAAAGCAAAUUGUUCUGAUUUAGAGGGUACAUGCAGAUUUAAUCACAGGGUGAUUCCAAAACCAAAAACCAAACCCACUGCUGUCGAGUCGAUUCCAACUCGUAGCGACCCUUUAGGACAGAGUAGAACUGCCCCAUAGAGUUUCCAAGGAGCGCCUGGCAGAUUUGAACUGCCAACCUCUUGGUUAGCAGCCAUAGCACUUAACCACCACGCCACCAGGGUUUCCACAGGGUGAAUAAGUGUAUGGAAACUCAAACAGACUUGGAUUCAAACCUGGGCCUUGUUGCCAGGUGACUUUGGGCAAGCUACUUUGCUCGAUUCAGUUUCCCCAGCUGACAACACUAACCAGUCUAUAGAAUUGCCAGAAGAAAUGCAAUAUUGCUGGUAAAACAGAGCAGAAAGCCUAACUCAUAGUAAAUGUUCAGUGAAAAACAACCAAGUCACUUACCAUCAAGUCACUCCAUAGGCUUUUCAAAGCUGAGAACGUUGGGAAACAGAUUACCAGGCCCUUCUUCCAGGGCACCUCUGGGUGGGUUCAAACCACCAACCUUUUGAUUGGUAGUUGAGUGCUUAACCCUUUGCACCACCCAGGGACUUCUAGAUGUUCAGUAAGUGGUAGCUAUUGUUAGAGUCCCUGGAUAGUGCAAAUAUUAAUGAGCUAAGCUGCUAACCAAAAGGCUGCAGGCUCGAGUCCACCCAGAGGUACCUCAGGAAAAAAACCCUGAUGUUCUCCUGAAAAAUCAGCCAUCAAAAACCCUACGGAGCACAGUUCUACUCUGACACGUAGGAUCACCAUGAGUCAGAAUCGACUCAUUGGCAACUGGUACUGACAAAGUUCACAGAGAGGUCUGUGUUCCUUUGCAAUGUAGAUCAUAAGCUUUGGCAUCUGUUCCAUUGGUAAGGACCUUGGUCUCUCAAUCCUGACACAGCUAAGGGUUAUUGAUUAUUAAACUAAAAUGACACGUUAGGAACCAAGUGCAGCCCACCCGUUCUCUAAUCGAGGUUGCUUCAGCUGUUUGCAGAGACUGAAGAUCAAUACAGAACUGAUACUUUGGCUUUAUAGUAGUAGUUCCUUGCUACACAGGGGCAUACAGCCUCACUAGACAACUGACACUAUUGCCCCACUGAGGCACAACAUUUAGGACAUCUAUUAUCAGCUACAGCUGCUAACCAGAAGGUCAGCAGUUCAAAUCCACCAGGCGCUCCUUGGAAACUAUGGGGCAGUUCUAUUCUGUCCUACAGGGUCACUAUGAGUUGGAAUCAGCUUGAUGGCAACAGGUCUGUUUUUUUCGUUUAUUGUCAACCAAAGGCUGCGAAGUGUCACCGUCUAGGAAUCAGCCCAUUUUUCGGAUAAAAACACCUUGUUUCUCUUCAUGAUGCCUAUUUGAUAAUGUUUACUGAUGGUCAUGUAAAAGCAGUUGCCAUCGAGCUGACACCAACUCAUGGCCACCCCAUGUGUGCUACAGCAGAACUGCACUCCAUAGGGUUUUUAAUGGCUGAUUUUUUGGAAGUGAAUUGCCAGGCCUUUCUUCUGAGGCACCUCUGGGUGGACUCCCACCUCCAGCCUUUCGGUUAGCAGCCAAGCGUUUUAACUAUUUGCAGUACCCAGGGACUUCGUUACCUGUAUAGAUGAGAAUUUGUCCGUGUAAAGGUGUUCCAAAGGAAAGGCAGGUGAUGUUGCACUGGGGGGAUCCUUUAAAGUGCUGCUGAUCACCCACAGAGGUAUCGAAGGGAAAGAAAAACCCCGCUGGGUUCCUGCUUCCUAGGUAAAACCAGGGCCUCACGAGGAUCGGACUGCGGUUUCCAUAACCUCACUGCUGACCAGUCAAUUCCAACUCGUAACGACCCCAUAGCGUUUCCAAGGCUGUAAAUCUUCACGGAACCGCUGGUGGUUUAGAACCGCCACGCUUUCGGUUAGCGGAGAGCGCUUUAACCACUGUGCCACCAGGGUUUCUCACAACACACAUGAAACUUAACUUUUCCAGAGUAACUGAGAUCUGUAGGCAAGUCAACCGAAAGAGGUAUUCUAGCAAACUUACUGCUGUUCUCAUAGACUGCCUUGCUUUCCCGCUCACAGGAGCGGUUCCGUUAAGUCCUGUUAAGAAUCACAUCACUUGGGGAACAAGCAUACUGUUUGUUGGGAUUUGGCAUUGGACAGCUCAGACUGCGCAAUGCUGGAACAACGACGACGAUGACAAUCCCACAGAGCUCUCAGGGCACCCCCUUGGCAGGCCAGCAGUGAGCUCUGAGCCAGCUCCAUAACGUCCGCACCGGCUCAGAAUCACAGGACCCUUCAUACUUCAGGCACAACUAGGUACUGGGAUAAGGACUGCACCGAAAGAGGUAGAAAAAUUGUGUAGGGAAAAAGACACCUAAUUAAUGGACAAACAGAAUCCGGCAUUUAUGGAUAGAAACUGCAGAAGACAGGUCUAGCAUCACUCAACUAUGAGGCAAGUUCUCGUCAUUCCCAGUACAGACAGGUAAACAAAGGCUGACGCCUUUGACUCAUGGAAAUUCAGUUGGCUCAUGUAAUAUAACUAUUGAUUUGGACAAAUAUCUUAAAAAAUCAUAAUAAUAAAGGCCAUUGGUUGGUGUUACGGAUUGUUUUCCCAAAAAAUGUGUGUUGUAAAUUCUAACUCCUUAGUGGUUAUAAUCCCAUUUGGAAAUGGGCUUUUAUUUGUGUGUUAAUGAGACAGUAUUAGUGUAGAGUAUUUCUUAAAUCAAUCUUUUCUGAGAUAUAAAAAGAGCAGAUUAAGCAAGGAAUCGAGCAAGCAGAGAUGGGGGAAGAGAGGUGUCACAUGAAGCUCGCCAAGAGGCCAAAGAGCAGAAGCUGAAGAGACAAGGACCUUCCUUGUCCUUGCCGACAGACGGAAAGCCUUCCCCUACAGCUGGUGCCCUGAAUUCGGACUUCUAGCCUCCUAAAUGAAUUAUUUAUCCAGCGUUGGAGUAAUACUGUAGACAGAAAUGCCUGUUGGAUUCAAGGAGAGGCCAACCUUUUUUGAGAUUUUUAAGGCCCAAUGCAGCAAAGCAGAUUUAGGACCAGUUAGCCUUAAUUGGUUUGAAGAACUUUCUUCAGAAGCUCCACCAUAUAAAUCUGAACGUGCAGAAGAGGCUGAAUAUAAAAUCAGCAGUUAUGGGUCAAAUCCCUUUAAGACACCACAAAGGAAACCCUAUUACAAUCAGUUGGCAUCAACUCCGAUCAUAUUCAAAGAUCAAGGAAAGGAUAUUGCCAGUAGUAAACAAAGUCGUUUCUCAGUGAGGGCUGAAAUGUCUCAAGCAAAGGAUGUUACCAGCCCGCCUCUCAAUCCUUGUCUUAGUGAAAGUCCUGUUCUGCGAUGCAUGCAUGUAACACCACAAAGAGAAAAGUCGGUAUUAUGUGGAAGUUUAUUUCAUACACCAAAGCUUAUGAAGGGUCAGACACCAAAACGUAUUUCUGAGAGUCUAGGAGCUGAGGUGGACCCAGAUAUGUCUUGGUCAAGUUCUUUAGCCACACCACCGACUCUUAGUUCUACUGUGCUAAUAGUCAGAGAUGAGGAAGCACCUGAAACUGUAUUUCCUGAUGAUUCUGCUAUUUCGAAAAACCAUUUUUCCAACCAUAAUAAAAGUCUGAAGAAAAAUGACCAGUUUAUCCCUUCUGUGCCAGACAGUGAAAAUGAAAACCAAGGAGAAGUGAUAAGUCGUGUUUCAGCAGAAUUGGGGAACUUCCUUGGUGAAGUGAAUAGCUGUGAAGACCAUCCUGAAGGGGGAGCGCCAAGUGCUCUAGAAGAAGAAGGACAUGAAACAGUUGCACAUAUUUCUGAAGAAGAUAGUUUUUCACUGUGUGUUAGUAAAUAUAAAACAGGAAAUCUACAAAAAGUAAAGACUGACAAGACUAGGAAAAAAUAUUUCAAUAAAACAAAAGCUGGUGAAUGUGAGGAAGCUAAAAAACUGGAAGAAAGUAGACAUUUGUUUGCGUUUGAAAUGGAACCAAAUGACAGUGACCCAUUAGGUUCCAGUGCACCAGGUGAAGAGCCCACUGGGAAUAUCGGCCACACGGUGUCCAAGGAGCUUGUAGCAUCUUCAGCCUCUGAGUGGCCUCAGCUAACCCUCUCUGGCCUAAAUGGAACUCAGAUGGAGAGAAUACCCCUACUACCUACUUCUUGUGACCAAAAUAAUUCGGAAAAAGACCUAAUAGGCACAGAGGAAGAAUGUGCCAACUUCACUACUUCAGAAAAUUCUUUGUCACGCAUUUCACGUUUACCAAAAACAGAGAAGCUACUGAAUGAGGAAAGAGUGGUAAAUAAGAGCGAGGAAGAGCAGAGUCCUUUAUCUCAUAAAGACUCCAUUCUUGCAGUAAAGCAAACAGCAUCCGGAACUUCUCCGGUAGCUUCUCUGUCUCAGGGUAUCACAAAGUCUAUUUUCAAGAUAAGAGAAUCACCUGAUGUGGCUUUUGGUGUGGUUUUCUCAGAUAAUAUGACUGAUUCAAACUUAAAAGAAAAACCUGAAGCCCCUGAAAGUGGAUUGGAAAUAGGUGCUAAUUGCUCCCAGAGAUGGGGUUCCUUAUGUCCAAGUUUAGUUGGUAAUGGAAGCUGCCCAGUCACCACCAAACAUGCUUCUGUAACUUUGAAGAAUGCUGGUUUAAUAUCCACUUUGAAAAAGAAAACAAAAAAGUUUAUUUAUUCUGUAAAUGAUAAAGCAUCUUAUCCAGGGGAAAAAAUGCAGAAAGAUCAAGAAUCUGAACCAACUCACUGUUCAGCCCAAUUUGAAGCACCGCUUACGUUCCUAAAUAGUGGUUCAGGUUUAUUGCAUUCUUCCGUCAAAAAAAAUAGUUCACAGAAUGAUACUGAAGGACCAACUUUGUCUUUAACCAGCUCUUUCAAGACAAUUCUGAGAAAAAGUUCCAAUAAUGAAAGCAGUUGUAAUAAUAAAGUAAUAUCUCAGGAUCUGGAUUAUAAAGCAACGGAAGUUAAUACAGAAGAACCGCUGUCCCCUGUAACCACAGGACCUGACUGUCCGUCGUGCCUACAGGAAAGCCAUGGUGAUGGUGAUCCCACAGGCCAGAGAGCUUCAGAUGUAAAAAGAAAGGUCUUGGCUGCAGCACAUCGCCCGGCAGUACGACAUUCAGAAGUUGAACUUAGUGGUGUUCACUUUCAACUGCAGAAAAGCUUUUUAUAUGACCAUCAUAAUGCCAGCAGUCUUGGUUUAACUCCUCGGUCCAAGGAUCCUCUAUCAAACUCAGUUGUGAUUUCUAGAGAUAAAGAAUCAUAUAAAAUGUCAGAGGAACUGAAACAUAAGAAUCGUGAAGCCACUUUUGAAUUAACCAAAAAUAUUCCCCUGGAAAAAAAUCAAGAAAUGUUUGUCUUGAAUGAAAAUUCUAAAAAAGCUGAGUUGUCACCCCCUGAAAAAUACAUGAAAGUAGCCUCACAUUUUGUGAAGGUACAAUUUAACCAAAAUAUAGAUGUCACAGUAAUCUCAAAAGAGCAAGAAGAAACUGCUUUAAUUUCAAAAAUAACUAUAGAUCCAAACUCCAAAGAACUUUUCCCAGAGAAUGAGGAUAAUUGUGUCUUUCAAAUGACAAAUAAAAGGAAUACGGCUAUUUUAGAAGAUAUAAAGGGACUUCCCAAGGCAAGCUUCGGCUGUGUGAAAGAGCCCGUUCUCAAGAGCCCCACCAUGGUAGUGUAUUCAGACAUAGGUGAUGAACGGGCAGCCCAACUACUGCUUACAGAAGGUGAUGACUCAUCAGAUGUAGUCCGUGAUCUUACAGAGGAGAACAGAAAUCGUGAAAAGCAGCAUCUAAAAAUGACUCUAAGUCAACAUGUAAAGUCAGACGUCUCCUUGGAGGUAGACAGGAAAUCAAGCAGAAAUAACAGUUACGUGGGAAGACGAGCAGGACUCUUAGAUCCAGUUUCAAAUUACAGCUUUGGAGGUGGCUUCAGAACAGCUUCUGAUAAAGAGAUAAAACUCUCUGAACACAACAUUAAGAAAAGCAAAGCGCUCUUCAAAGAUAUUGAAGACCAGUAUCCUGAAAGUUUAGCUUGUGUUGAAAUUGUAAAUCCCUUAUCAUUAGAUGAUCAAAAGAAACUGAACAGACCUCAUGCACUAGAUUGGCAGACGCUGAAAACCGCAUCUGGGGACGAGUGGAACAGUGUGUUUGUCUCUGACAAUAGAAGUGGUCGCACAGCGCCUCAGAUUUUAUCUUUAAAACAAGAUUUUAAUUCAAACCAUAAUUUAACACCUAGCCAAAAGGCAGAAAUCACAGAACUUUCUACUAUUUUGGAAGAAUCAGGAAGUCAGUUUGAAUUUACACAGUUCAGAAAACCAAGCCGCAUAUUAGAGAAUAAUACAUGUGAGAGGUCUGAAAACCAGAUAACUGUCUUGAAUAACUCUUCUGAGGGUUGGAAAGAUGUUGCUCGUGGCGUCACAACUAAUGCCCCACCUACCAGCCAGGUGGAUAACAGCAAGAAAUGGGACGGUGCGGUUGGAGAUAAGCAGAAGGUUGCUGGCCUGCUGAAAAGUAACAGUGAUGAAAGUGCUUCUGGCUGUUUAACACAUAAAAAUAAAGAGAAAUUUACAGGCUUUUGUUCUGCACUUGGCACAAAGAUCAGUGUUUCUGGUGAAGCUCUGCAGAGUGCUCUGAAGCUGUUCAGGGAUAUUGAGGACGUUCGUGAAGACGCUUCUGCGGAAGUAGAUCGCGGAGGAUCCUCUCGGAGUCAGUGUGCUUCUGUCGUCUCCGUGUCUGAGUUAAAAAACUUCAACAGUGAUGAAAAUUUGAGUGAGAAACAUAGUAAAUGCCACGUUAUAUUACAAAAUAAUAUUGACAUAACUACUGGCAUGUUCGUUGAGUGGAAUACUGACAGUUGUAAGAGAAACACAGAUGAAGAAGACAAAUGUACUGGUACCAGUAGAAAUGCUUGCAACUUAGGAGAAUCCAAUGGCAAUGAGUCAAGUAGAAAUGAUACCGUUUGUAUUUAUGAAGAUGAAAAUGCCUUGCCAUGUAUGACUGAUCAGCACGACGUGUAUCUAGAAGUACCUAGGCAGUUUAUAAAGGAGGGAAACAAUGAAAUUAAAGAAGGUGUAUCAGAUUUAACUUGUUUGGAGGUUGUGAAAGCUGAAGAAACAUUUCAUGUUGAUAGUUCAGAUAAACAGUCAGCUUCUAAUAAAAUGGGGCAAAAUGUGAAAAAUUUUGACAUAUGUGAUUUACCCAUUCAGGCUGCAAAUAGGAAAAAUAUCAGAGUCUCCAAAGAGUCACUAAAUAAAGUUGUAAGUUUAUUUGAUAAAAAGUAUGCAGAAGAAGAAUUGAGUAACUUUUCAGAUUCUCUGAGCUCUGAAUUGCUUUCUGACCUAAAUAACAAAAUGGACAGUUCAAGUAAUGAGGAAAGAAAUACGGUUAAAAAUAAAAUAUGGGAAGGAAGUAACCCAGUUGGUACUGAAAAUAAAUUACUGACUGUCCACCGACAACCCAAAUGUGAAAUUGAAAAGACCAGAGAACCCACCAUGUUGGGUUUUCAUACAGCUAGUGGGAAAAAAGUAAAAAUUGCAAAGCAAUCUUUGGACAAAGUGAAAAAUCUCUUCGAUGAAAACGAGCAAGAUAACAGUAGUGAAGUCUUCAGUUUUCCACAUCAAGGGGCAAAGACUGUAAAGGAGAUAGAGGAGUGUAAAGAAGGGCUUGAAUUAGCAUGUAAGACAGUCGAGACAACUACUUUCUCGAAGUCUGAAGACAUGGUGAAUUCUCUAGGCGAUAAUAAGAGAGGCGUUUUUUCCGAUGAGACCAUGGAGCUCGUGAAUGAUCAUUUAUGUAGCCACACUGAAAAUCUCAAAACGUCAAGUAGUGUUUCUUCGGAAGUUGAAGUACAUGAAAAUGUAGAAAAGGAAACAGCGAAAAGUCCUACGACUUGUUUCCGAAACCGCUCAACCUGUUCAGCCAGUGAAAAUACAGCUUUAGCGUUUUACACAGGACGUGGCAGGCAGAUUUCUGUGAGUCAGACGUCACUAUCUGAAGCAAAGAAAUGGGUUAGAGAAGGAGAAUUGGAGGAUCAGCCAGGAAAAAUAAAUGCUGCCAAGGUUGCUUGUUUAAAAGAACACCCUCAGGGUUGUGUAGGAAACCCCUCAUAUGGAAAUAGUUCAGAUAGCAUCAUAACAGAAAAUGACAAAAACCAUCUCUCUGAAAAACAAGAUCUAAGUUACUUAAGUAACAACUGUUUACACAAUUCUGAUUUGUGUCAUUCAGAUGAGGUACAUAAUGAAUCAGGGUAUCUCUCAAAAAAUAAGAUGGACAAUGGUGGUAUUGAGCGAGUGGUGAAGAAUGUUAAAGACAGAAAAAGUACUAGUGUUUCCGAAGUAACGUCUACGGUAAGAAAAGCAAACACAAACCCACAAACUGGAAAUGAAGAUAUUUGUGCUCAGAAACUUGUGACUGGCACUUCACCAUGCAAAAAUGAAAACGUAGCCACUGAAUUCAUUAUAUCUGAUUUAAAUAAUUUUGAGGUUGGACCACCUGUAUUCAGUACAGCAAGUGGUAAAAUAGUAUCUGUUUCACGUGAAACAAUAAAAAGAGUGAGUGAGAUAUUUGCAGACAGCUCCAGUAAGGUCGUUCAGCAAAACACUGAGAGUAAAUCAGACGCUGAUAAAACGAAACCUGUGGCAGAUUGCUCUGCAGAAUUAGAUGGUCCAGAAGGUGAUGCUUUUCCUAACCCUCUAGGUGGCGAGGAGUGCAGCAUGCAUUCACGUGAGGCUCUUGAUGACAUUCAUAGUGCACAAAUUUUACCACAUAACCAGAGUAUGUCUGAAUUGGACAAAGUUUGUGAAAUACGGCCUUGUCAGGUUAACUUGAAAACUUCUGACGUAUGUAAAUUGAACACGGGGAUGCUUCCCAAGUCUCUCUCUUCUACAAAUGCUUGUGGGAUUUUUAGCACAGCAAGUGGGAAAUCUGUACAGGUGUCAGAUGCUUCAUUACAAAAGACAAGACAGGUGUUUUCUGAGAUUGAAGAGAGUACCAAGUAUCUCUUUUCCAAACUAUCCUUUAAAAGUAAUGAAGAUUCAAACAAGUUCACCAAAGAAAAAAAUACUGUGAUACAUACCAAAAACAAAUUGCUACCACCCCAGGAAGGCUUUUCGUCUAGUGUGAACUUGUCUGCCUCCUCUGGAUUUAGUACAGCAAGUGGAAAACAGGUUUUAAUUUCUGAAAGUGCCUUACACAAAGCUAAAGAAAUGUUAGAGGAAUUUGAUAGAAUCACGACUGAAUGUAGUCAUCAUUUACCUACGUCUAGACAAGACGUAUCAAAAACACCUCCUCCCAUUGGUAAGAGAAUCCCAAAACACCCUGUAAAUGCCAAAAUGGAAAAAACCUACUAUAAAGAAUUUCGGUUCUCAAAUAACUCUAACGUUGAAAAUGGUUCUUCAGAAACCGACCACCCUAUCAAAGCUUCUCCGCAUCUCUGUCAGUCUAAGCAAGAGGUAUCACUAGUUGAGAAUGUUCAUCUUUUGGCAAAAGAGCAAACUUUGCCUAGAAAUAUAAAAAUGGAAAUUAGUAAAAUCAAAACUUUUUCUAAUCUUCCUGUGAAAACAAACAUGGAAGUUUGUUCUACUUACUCCAAAGAUCCAGAAAACCGUUUUGAAACAGAAGCAGUAGAGAUUGCCAGAGCUUUUAUGGAAGACGGCGAGCUGACAGAUUCUGAACCGCCGAGUCAUGCCAAACAUCCUCAACUUACCUGCCCAAAAAGUGAGGAACCGGCUGUAAGAAUUGGGAAAAGAAGAAAUGCGCUUGUCUCAGCAGGAGAACCCCCAAUCAAAAGAAGCUUGUUAAAUGAAUUUGACAGGAUAGUAGAAAAUCAAGAAAAAUCCUUACAAGCUUCAAAAAGCACUCCAGAUGGCACAAUAAAAGAUAGAAGAUUAUUUAUGCAUCGUAUUUCCUUAACACCAAUUAGCUGUGCACCAAUUUGCACAACUGAAAAAUGGCAAGAAAUACAGAAUCUGAGUGUUACCGCGCCUGGUCAGGAAUAUCUAUCCAGGUCCCAUUUGUUUGAACACUUGGCUUUGGAAAAACCUUCGAGCAGUUUAUCGGUUUCAGGACAGCCACGUUACAACGUUCCCGCCACGAGAACUGAAAAAGCGAAACACUCAGUUACUACAGGCAAACCGACCAAAGUCUUCGUUCCACCUUUUAAAACUAAAUCACGUGCUCAAAGAAAUGAACAGUGUGCUGCCGGGAAUGUUAAUUUGGAAGAAAACAAACAAACACAAAAAAGUGCCGUUAAGCUUGGCUCUGGUGAUAGUGAAAAUAACAUUAAUGAAGGUGGAAUUCAUCCAUUUAGCAAAAGUAACUCCCAUCAGGCAGCAGCUGCGACGUUGAGAGAGCGCGGGAAGGAACCACUAGAUUUAAUUACAAAUCUUCAGAAUGCGAGAGAUAGACAGGAUACACGAAUUAAAAUGAAACAACGGCAGCGUGUUUGUCCACAACCAGGCAGUCUGUAUCUCGCAAAAACGUCCACGGUGCCGAGACUGUCUCUGAAAAUGGCAGUCGGAGGCCGGGCCCCCUCCACGUGCUCUCCUAAGCAGCUAUAUAUGUACGGUGUUCCUGAACAUUGCAUAAAAAUUAACAGCAAGACUGCAGAGUCUUUCCGGUUUCACGCUCAGGAUUAUUUUGGAAAGGAGGCCUUGUGGGCUGGAAAGGGAAUACAGUUGGCUGAUGGUGGAUGGCUCAUACCCUCCAAUGAUGGAAAGGCUGGAAAAGAAGAAUUUUAUAGGGCUCUGUGUGACACCCCCGGUGUGGAUCCAAAGCUCAUUUCUAGAGAUUGGGUCUACAAUCACUAUAGAUGGAUCCUAUGGAAACUGGCUGCUAUGGAGUUUUCUUUCCCUAAGGAAUUUGCUAAUAGAUGUCUGACCCCAGAAAGGGUGCUUCUCCAGCUGAAAUACAGAUAUGAUGUGGAGGUUGAUAGAAGCAGAAGGUCAGCUAUAAAAAAGAUAACGGAAAGGGACGACACUGCUGCAAAAACACUUGUUCUCUGUGUUUCGGCAAUAAUUUCAUCGAACACAAAUGUACAUGAAACUUCCAGCAGUACAACGAGUAGUGUGGGUUCCAGAAGCGUGGCCAUCCUCGAGCUUACAGAUGGGUGGUAUGCUAUCAGAGCCCAGCUCGACGCCCCCCUCUCGGUGCUCUUGAAGAAGGGCAGGCUGGCGGUGGGUCAGAAGAUCAUCACGCAUGGAGCAGAGCUGGUGGGUUCUCCGGAUGCUUGCACACCUCUCGAAGCCCCAGAAUCUCUCCUGUUGAAGAUUUCUGCUAACAGCACCCGGCCUGCUUGUUGGUAUGCCAAACUUGGGUUCUUCCCUGAUCCCAGGCCUUUUUCUCUACCCUUGUCAUCACUGUUCAGUGACGGGGGACAUGUUGGCUGUGUUGAUGUCAUCAUUCAGAGAGCUUACCCUAUACAGUGGGUGGAGAAGACGCCUUCUGGAUUGUACAUAUUUCGUGAUGAAAGAGCAGAAGAAAAAGAAGCAGCAAAAUAUGCAGAGACCCAACAAAAGAAACUGGAAGCCCUGCUCGCUAAAAUCCAAGCGGAAUUUGAAGAGCAGGAAGAGACUGCAGCUAAACAAUGUAUACCGUCGCGUGCACUAACAAGACAGCAGAUCCGUGCUCUGCAAGACGGUGCAGAACUGUACGAAGCCGUGAAGAACGCGCCGGACCCGGGUCACCUUGAGGGUUAUUUCAGUGAAGAGCAGCUCAGAGCCUUGAGCAACCACAGACGGGUGUUGAACGAUAAGAAGCAAGCGCAGAUACAGUCGGAAUUCAGGAGGGCCGUGGGGUCUGCGGAACCGGGGGGGCCAGGCUUGUCACGGGAUGUGGCGGCUGUGUGGAAGUUGCGUGUUGUGACCUAUGAGAAAAAAGGAAAAGAUUCAGUUAUAUUGAGUGUUUGGCGUCCAUCAUCAGAUUUAUGUUCCCUGUUAACGGAGGGGAGGAGAUACAGAAUCUAUCAUCUUGCAACAUCAAAAUCUAAAAGUAAAUCUGAAAGAGCUAACAUACAGUUAACAGCAACAAAGAAAACCCAGUAUCAACAACUGCCGGCUUCAGAUGAAAUCCUACUGCAGGUUUACCAGCCAAGAGAACCCCUUCACUUCAGCAAAUUAUUGGACCCAGACUUCCAUCCCCCUUGCUCUGAGGUGGACCUAAUAGGAUUUGUAGUGUCUGUUGUGAAAAAACCAGGUUUUGCCCCUUUGGUCUAUUUGUCAGAUGAAUGCCAUAAUUUGCUGGCAGUAAAGUUCUGGACAGAUAUUAAUGAAGACAUUGUUAAACCUCCUACACUAAUUGCCGCAAGCAACCUCCAGUGGCGGCCAGAAUCCGCGUCAGGAAUUCCGACUUUAUUUGCUGGAGAUGUUUCGACGUUUUCUGCCAGUCCGAAGGAGGGCCACUUCCAGGAGGCGUUCAGCAGGGCGAAGAAUGCCAUUGAGAACACUGAUGUCUUUUGCAAUGAUGCAGAAGACAAGCUACAGCAUAUACUUACUGCCCACGAUCCCAAGUGGUGCACCCCGAAUAAAGACUGCACUUCAGAGCCGCACUCUGCUCCAGCAGGCCUUGGUGCAGACAGUAAGUUUCUGCCAAAAGGGAAGUCUCUUUCCAUACCUGUAUCAGCCCAGAAGACUUCGAAAUCUUGUUGUAAAGGGGAAAAAGACAGUGAUGACCAAAAAACCGUCAGGAAGAGAAGAGCCUUGGAUUUCUUGAGUAGGCUGCCCUUACCUCCACCUGUCAGUCCGAUUUGUACAUUUGUUUCUCCAGCCGCACAGAAAGCAUUCCAACCGCCACGGAGCUGCGGCACCAAACACGAAACACCUAUAAAGAAAGCAGGAUGGACUUCUCCUCAGAUGGCUCCACUUAGAAGGGCCAGUGAAACUUCUGUUUUGGAAAGUGAUUCGAUACCUGACGAAGAGCUGGCAUUGAUAAACACCCAGGCCCUUUUGUCUGGCUCAGCAGGAGAAAGUCCACUCAUCUCCAGUGAUUCCACUGGGACCACACCUACUAGUUCAGAAGAUCACCUGGAACUGCAGAGGCCUCACGCUACAUCUGGGAUCAAAGAACGAGCAAAUCCCCGAGCCAGCACAGAAGAUAAGAUGAGCGUAACACAGAAUACGACUAGGGGACUUCUCAGACGACAGACGCAAACAUGACAGAAAAUGAUCCUUGACUCUUAACCUGCCCAGUUGGUAAGGCGGACAAAAUUUCAGGCACAAACCUCAGUACUGCCGUGAGAAAACAGCGUUUCAAGCUGAUGUAAGUGUGUUUGUGCCAUAGAGGCGCUCUUUGUUUGCCUCUCCGUCACAGACCUUAAAAAACCGACUUUGUAAAUUUAUUAACUGAUGGAGAAAAAAAUCUUUAAAUCCAUAUGACUUCAUUUAGUCACUACAAGUAUUAUUUUAUAAUGAGGUAAACAUAAACCUUUUCCUUUGAGAUUUUGUCAUCAGUUUCAGGACAUAGGUUUCUAAGUACAGUUAUUUUACUCAUGUAAGUCCUUUCCGUGUGAGUUCCUGUCUCAGACUUUUUUUCGUGGUAGCUCACUGUGCAAUACAGGUGUUGGUUCUGCUAUAGUCCCCGCCGAUUCAAGAGUCAGGUUGAACGAGACACCUCAGUUGUGUUCACUUCUGCCCAGUCCUUCAUCCUUAAGUCAGCACACUUACCCAGAAAGUAGGACCCUUAGUGCAGUUCCUUUUUAAGAUUUCCGUUUACUCUCUGAAAAUAACUUAAUUCCAUUAAAAAUGCAAAUACUUUGUCAGGAGCAGGUUUCAUAGUGUUAGUUUUUUUUUAACCUCAGAGUAUCUAGCUUUUGCACUUGCAUGGGUCUUAGCAGCUUCACCUGAUUUCCUUGUCAGCAUGCUCACCACACCCAGAUAGCACUCCUUGUUCAACCUGGUUUUCACGAACCACCAAGGCAGAAAACAGCCAUCAGUUUAAGGUGAUUUUCCCGUGAGUUAUGUUCUUUAUGCUGAACAGAGAGAAAGCCACACGUCACUCUAACCAGAAGCUAAAAGCACGGAGGGGUGCUUACAUCAGGUCUUUUUAAUAUGCCUUAAGUCUGUAUGUAAUAUCAUGUUUCCCUGUCUAAUUAUAAACACAUUUCAGAGCCAAGAAUAAAUCCUUUUAAAAAUCUGUUUCCUUUCAUAAAUGAUUAACUGGGAUCCACGGUUUUUCUCUUCUCUGAAAACUAUUAGCAUAACAGGUAGUCUAUUUUGCUGGUCUUUUUAGCUCUUCUGCUAGUUCUGUUAAUGUGCUUUAAGUUGUCUUCAUAAAUCGUUUGCGUCCUAACAUCCUACACGUUUUCCCAGUGAUCCAGUCUAGAACAGGGAAUAAAACAUGAGUCUCAGGUGAACAGAAGGAAGUACAUUUACAAGAAUUUACCCUUUCCUUUGAAUAUUGGAAAAACUGCUAUGACCUGCAUUCUUCAUUACCAUUCAGACUACCCGUUAGAGACGUACCUAACACACACUCAUUUUUCCAUGAGUAACACACCAAGCCGCAUGAGCGAAGCAUGAAACAUGACUAUAGGUGGAUAUUGUCCCCAAAGUGAUAAACCAGUCGGCAGUGUAUACUGCACAGUAAGGAAUGGGGGUAAAAGCAAUUUGUGUUACUUCCUCAACAAGCAUUUAAUGAGAGCCUGUUGUGUAUAUAAAGCAGGACUGCAGCUCCAUUAAUGAUGCCAGCGACACAUGGAACAAAACAGCUCAUUGCUGGAUGUUCAAAAACUGUCUAAAUCAGGAGUAGGGGGUUAGGAGAAAAAAGAGGUCACUUCUAGUUGGCAUAAAUCAAGUUGGCAGCACUUCAUCUACAGUUCUUUGUGCUUCCAGGCCAAGUAUUUCAGGGCCAUGGAGGAAAGGCAGAGGCAGACAGGACACCCCCGUCAGAACUCUGUAGCCGCUCUGGAUCUCUAACCCCCGGCCACUUCUCUAGCACUGGCCCCCGUGCAGCCCAAACCAAACCCAUUGCCAUCGAGUCACUUCUGACUCAGCGGCCCUAUAGGACAGAGUAGAACUGCCCCAUUGGGUUUCCAAGGAGCGGCUGGUGGAUUCAAACUGCCAACCUUGUAGCUCUUAACCACUGCGUCACCAGAGCUCCUAACCCAGCCCAGGGAACCAAGAACCCUAAGCGGAGCUAGACAUCAAUCAAGAAGAUGGAAUCUGACCCUCUGGGCUCCUCUGUGGUGUGGAGGGUAAAGCAGUUCCCAGCGUGGGCACUGACCCACCUCCCUUCUACGCACCUCGACCACUCAGGCCAUCUGUGCUGAGCUGGUUCUAUAGUAACAGACUAGGAUGCCCAGGGUUACCUGGACCUCAGAAACAGGAGUAAAUGAGCCCUGGUGGUGCAGUGGUUAAGCACUCACUGCUAACCAAAAGGUCAGUGGUUCAAACCCACCAGCCAUUCCAUGGGAGAAAGAUGUGGCAGUCUGCUCCUGUAAAGAUUACAGCCUUGGAAACCCUAUGGGGCAGGUCUGCUCUGUCCUACAGGGUCACUAUGAGUCGGAAGGUUAGCAGUUCAAACCCACCAGCAGCUCCAUGGGAGAAGGCUGUGUGCAAUCUGCUCUUGUAAGGAUCACACCUAGGAAACCUUUUGGGACAGUUCUGCUCUGUCACACGGGGUCACUAUGAGUAAAGAUCACAGCCUAGGAAACCUUUGGGACAGUUCUCUGUCACAUGGGGUUGCUCUGAGUUGGAACCCACUCGACAGCACACAACAACAGAGGAUUAUAUAUGGUGCUUGGACUGUGGAGCUUAGUGAACUUCAUGCCUACCCUUUAGAUUCAUUCACCUUUACUCUAAUUUUGUCAACCAGACUUUGUUACUCAGAGAUGCCAACUUCCAGAGUGUCGAUGAAACAAUUACACGUGCAUCGCUGGUGGUCAGGAUGCUGAGUGGAUUUCCAUACUGUCAGAUAACGGGCACUGAGUGAGACAGUCUAAUGUGUGCCUGUUAGCUGUCGCCAAGUCCAUUCCGACUCGCGUGCACAGAUCAAAUAAUCUAUAUAAGCAAGUAAGACAAAAGUUUGCUUUCAUCGGUUUACCUUUGUGCCUCCUAUUUAGUCAAGAAGACUGCUAAAUGGUUUAUGAUAUAGAAAAACUGGUUCUUAACCAGGCUGACUUCCUUGGGAUGUAGGUAAUGACGUUUUUUAUACUGUUGAUUAAAAAAUAAACAGAUUCAAUGACAAACCCAAAUAAAUGUUAUAUACAAUUUUUAAUAACCAUAAAAGCACCAUUAUAUGGGACACUGAAAAUAAUACUCCACAGAACAUUAGAAAGAAGCUGUUGGCCAACAGGAAAGAAAGCAUACAUCCCACGUGGUCUUGGCUAUCAUGGUCACCAUGUUUGAUUGGUCCUAACCUGCUGAGAUUGAAUUUGGAUUCAUAAAUUCAGUUUCAGGAACAUUGUUGAUUUCUGGUAGAACUUUAUUGUCUAAAAUAACACCACAUAAAACACCAAGACUGCUUGUCUUAUAGUGAGCAUGGCUUUUUGGUGCAGUUAAGCGCUCACUACUAACUGAAAGGUUGGCAGUUCAAAUCUACCCAGAGGUGUCUUGGAGGAAAGGCCUGGCAAUCUACUUCCCCAAAAUCAGCCACUGAAAACCCUACAGAGCAGAGUUCUACUCUGACGCCAUGAGUCCGAGUCAACUGGCCACUGGUUACGUGAUCUAUAUCCUGGGAUGCUUAAUAACUUGUGCUCCCAAACAUCUAGGCUGCCAACCAAUUACAUGUGUAGGCAUAAGUUUUAAAAAUCAUUUAAUUAAUCCUUUCAAAAAUUGAUGUUUUAUGAGGGCAGGCUUGUUUUACACUAGUCGGACAACAGUCAAAAUUUAUUCAGGUUCAACCUUGUUGAGCAAAGUGGGAGUUAAAACACAAGGUGCGACUUGAAGAAAUGAGACUGGUUUUCCUCAGCAGCUCAACUGGCUAUUAAGAGGGAUUUGACAGACAGUUUUAACAAAGGCAGAUCAUUAGAAUAAAGAGCUUCCCCAGGUGCCUACUCUGAAGGGUAUUCACUUAGAUGUGUACUUUCUGGCAUAUUAGUUUUAAAACAAAAUCAAUAUUUAGGAAGCUUAGGGAGCAGUGAGUUUAUGUCAGUGGGGGAGGAACAACUCAGAAAAGGAGGGUGAGAAUGGUUGCGAAACUUGAAUCGUCAUCGAUGUCACUGGAUCGUACACUAGAAGCUGUUGAGCUGAUGCAUGUUUUGCUGUGCAUAUUCUCAACAACAACAAAGUAAAAGAAAAUGUCGCUGGAGUCACACAAACCACGUAAGUAGCAAUGGCCCUAAAACUUCUCCCUCCCGCUUCUCUUUCCCCUGCUUUCCUCACGGAGAUGAAUUUCCUGGAAAAAUAGAUUACUUCAGAGAAAGUACACUGAAGCUUAUAUAUAAUAUAAACCCUUUAUUUCACUGAUGAACCUACUUGGCUAAUUGAUUCUGUUCUUGGUAUGUUGUCAGGUUUCGGUUUUCCCUCAAGAAAGGGGCUUUGUGUCCUCAGAUCUGCAGAAGCCUGGCAGCAGACUGUGCACACAGGACACGAGCUAACGCAUGCCCAGGAUGAUGACUCUAAUGAUGUUUGCUAGAAAACUCUUGGGG